ACAGCAGAGGAAGAGCGCUUUCUACGGGCUGCUCUGAGACAUUGUGCGUGUGUGCGGGGUGGGGGGGGGGUUUGUUCCUAUUUUACCGGGACGGGACCAGACAGGAAUAUUGGUCCUCUAAGUGUGCUGAUCUCAUUCUGAAGACUCCCACAAGUUUUGUUUAAGCUGUGACUCGACCGAAGGUCUAGAAAUAAUGACUGUUGCUAAUGCCAAGUCUGGUACAGCUAUGCAGAAAGUGUUGGACAACCUCAAGGAGCUGCCUCCCUCCACUGGUGCCAAAGACAUUGACCUCAUCUUCCUCCGUGGCAUCAUGGAGAGUCCUAUAGUCCGUUCUCUGGCUAAGGCUCAUGAGAGACUGGAGGAUGUGAAGCUCGAGGCAGUAGGGAAAAACAAUGUGGAACUGGUGAGUGAGAUUCUGUCUGACAUCAGUGGCUUGGCCGAGCAUAACGACAGUGCAGCAGAGCUCUCCAAGAUUCUCAAGGAACCACACUUCCAGUCUUUAAUAGAAACUCAUGAUCAGGUGGCUGCUAAAUCUUUUGAAACACUUCCAUCUGCGGCAAACAACACUACCGUGAGCAGCACCUCUCUUAUGCCAGUGGACACUGUCCGUAUGAUCAGCAUCCAGAAGAAGGCAGGAGAGCCGCUGGGUGUGACAUUCCGAGUGGAGAACGGCGAACUGGUGAUCGCACGCAUUCUUCAUGGCAGCAUGAUUGACAGGCAAGGCAUGCUGCACACAGGCGACGUCAUCCGGGAGCUGAACGGCCAGGAGGUGGGCGGCGAUCCUAUGGCAUUGCAGGAGAUGUUGAAGGACAUCAAUGGAAGUGUCACCCUCAAAAUCCUGCCCAGCUACAGAGAGACACCCACACCUGCAGAGGUGUAUUUGAGACCUCAUUUCAAGUACAACCCUGAAACCGACAACCUCAUUCCCUGUAAAGAAGCAGGACUGGCAUUUUCCAAAGGAGAGAUCUUGCACAUUGUGAACAGGGAGGACCCCAACUGGUGGCAGGCCCGUAGUGUAGUUGGAGGCCGCACUGGUCUCAUCCCAAGCCAGUAUUUGGAAGAGAAGAGGAAAGCAUUUGUCCGGAGAGACUUGGAAGGCUCAGGAAUUCUCUGUGGAACGUUAACUGGAAAAAGGAAGAAAAAGAAAAUGAUGUACUUAACAGCAAAGAAUGCAGAAUUUGAUCGUCAUGAACUGCAGAUCUAUGAGGAGGUAGCUAGGAUGCCUCCAUUCCAGAGGAAGACACUCAUCCUGAUUGGUGCUCAGGGUGUAGGCCGCAGAAGCCUGAAAAACCGGCUGAUUGUGUUAAACCCACUGCUUUUUGGCACCACCGUACCCUUCACAUCUCGGCGGCCACGUGAUGAAGAGAAGGACGGUCAGUCAUACUGCUUUGUGUCCAGAGCAGACAUGGAGAUGGACAUUAAAGCUGGCCGCUACCUCGAGCAUGGGGAGUAUGAUGGGAAUCUCUAUGGUACCAAAAUCGACUCAAUUCACGAGGUAGUACACGCCGGUCGCACCUGCAUACUGGACGUCAACCCACAGGCGCUGAAGCUGUUGAGAACAGCAGAGUUCAUGCCGUUUGUGGUCUUCAUCGCUGCACCAGAACUGGACACCCUACGAGCCAUGCACAAAGCUGUGGUGGACGCAGGAAUCACAACCAAACUACUGACGGAAAUGGACUUAAAGAAAACAGUGGACGAGAGUGCCAGGAUCAAGCGGGCAUAUAGCCAUUACUUUGACUUGACGAUAGUGAAUGAUAAUCUGGAUAAGGCCUUUGAGAAACUGCAGGCAGCUGUGGAGCAGCUGUGCACAGAGCCUCAAUGGGUACCAGUUAACUGGGUUUACUGAACCAUCCAUCCUCAUCAUCUUUAGCACCGUCACCACCAUCCUCAUCACCUUCAUCGCUGGUGUCAUGGACCACAGCAGGACUAUCAGCGGUCAGCGCGUCUCAGCCUGACCCUGAGGUCCAACCCUGCUAUGCAAAGCUACACCAUCCAUGAGAAAAGAAAGGGAAGUGUACUUAUUUAUUGACUUUUUUUUGUUUUGUUUUGUUUUUUUAAUCUACCAGCAGAGCACAUCUCGAGGCAUAACUGUUUCUUGUGUUACUAUACAAAUGAUGUACUUACAGGGUGUUUGAAGUAGUUUUCUUAUCUACAGUGAGAAGCAGAAGCAGACGCCAUUGCCGUGAGCUGUGAUACACUUUUGUACUGGAGCGUUUCAGCGGCCAAUUCAUCUUAUUGAUCUCUUUAAUGUUAGUUUUCUACAUAUUAGUAAAUGUACUUAGCAGUGUUCAUGGUACUGCUGUACUGAAACUCAUUACAAUAUUGAAAUAUCGUUGUACUAAGUUGUCUUUUAUUGAUGGACGGAGAAAUGAGAAGCGGAAAAUAUUUUACCAAUUCUUCUUCUUUUUUUUUUUUAAUCAAAAAUGUAACACCACUUUGAGUUUUACAUUAUGUUGCACCUGUAGCAGUAGAAAAUCAGCUCAACACUGUGUCGUAUCUAUUCAUGUGCUGUUGUUGGAUUGUUGUCAAAAAUGUCUAUGCUAAAAAAAAAAAGCACAGUAUUCAUCUCACUGCCUCUGCAGCAUCAUGAAAAAUUAACAUUAGUGGCAAAUGUUAUUAGUAAAUACGGAUUUUGGGACUCAAGGUUUAUCAACUAAAGUUUUUUUUUUUUUCUAUAAACAUGAUGACUUGCCCAUGUA